AUGCAAAACUUCUUUUUUCUCGCCUUUUUGGCGAUAUUUCUUCUCGCGCUGCUUCUUCUAAAAAACACCUUGAAAAACCGCGAGUUAACCGCCUUCUACAAAAAUUUCCAAACUCCAGAAAUCGGGAAUAAGUCCGAUUCCUUGAUCAAAAAGCUGAUUUUCGGCCACUUGAUCGACUUCAGCCGGGAAAGCGGUUCAACUUCCGCCGGCUUCGACUGGCGACGAAAAUGUAUUACUGAAACAGGCGCCCACGUGAUCCGAUUUUUCUCCCGAAAAAUGCUCGUCAUCUACUCGCCCGAAAUAGUCCAAUUCUUCACCAAUCUCGACGCGGAGCUUGUCGAAAAGUCGCAAAACUUCAAGCGAAUCUUCAACAAUCUCACCUCUUCCGUCCUUUUCAAAGAAGGAAAAGAUUGGAAAGCCGAUCGAAAGCACUUCGAGCCUUUUUGCUUCUACGACAUGGUCAAAAAAUACGCUUCAUACUUCUAUUCCGGCGCUCAAGAUCUUUCAACGAAGCUUCUUGAUGCUGGAAAGUCAGGAAAAUCAGUUUUGGUCGACCAACUCGUUCAAGAACUCACUUUGAAAACUUUGAUGGCAAGCUUGCUUGGAAUCGAGCUUGAUCUUUCCGAAGAAGAAUCGAAACAACUCAACGACGAUUUUAUCACCGUCUCGAUGACGAUGAAGCUCGACAAGUCACUAGGCGACAUCCUCGCCAAAAUUCCCCUCCUCCGCCGCUUCUCGAAAAAGGGCCAAAAAGAAAAGGCCGCUUUUGAAAAUCUUCGAAAUUUGGUCGAUCAGAUUUUGGAUCAAGCCGCAAACACGAAGAAAAUCUCCGACCUGGCGUUUUAUCUCCAGAAGAAGACAAAAAUGACAAGGGAUGAGAUCGCUGCGAAUAUUUUUCUCUUCACCAUGGCUGGUCACGAGACCAACAAAUCAUCGAUUGUUUGGGCUCUCUAUGAAUUGGCGAAGGACCCGGAACUGCAAAAACAGCUGGUGGAAGAGUUCAACCAGAAGAAAGCCCUUGGCAUUGAUAUCUUAACAUACGUCCAGCAGGAGUCCCUUCUUUCGUCCUUCGUUUCCGAGGUUCAGCGAUUCUACUCCGUCGCUCCAGAAAUCGUUCCCCGCACGCUCAAGCGCUCCGUCACCAUGCCAAAUGGCCUCGUUGCUCCUAAAGGAACCACUUUCAUGCUCGGCAUCUGGGAGAGUCACAUGAACCCGACAAGUUAUUUCGAGCCAGAGAAGUUCAAUCCACGACGAUUUUUGGACAACGAUAUCGCAAAAAAUGCUUUCAUCCCCUUUUCAGCCGGGCAGCGAAAAUGCGUUGGAUACAAAUAUGGAAUUACUCAAGUGCGAACUGUGAUUGCGACGCUGCUAGAAAAAUGCGAGUUCAAAUUGGAUACAGCCCAUCAUGUCAAUAUGACGAGGGUGAUGACGAUGAAUCCACACAAUGGAGUCAAACUGUUUAUCAGCCCUAGAAAAAAUGAUGCCUAG